AUGGCAAACUCUGCGAAGCGAAUUCUGGUGAGCGUCUCGAGUAAGAGCCCCUACUGGUCCGAGGCAUGGGAAUCCAGCUUGCAGGUGAUCGAAACGGCACUUGGACUCCUCAAAGAGAGCAAGCUGGUUUGUUCCGAUGGCAACCAAGACGCGAAACCGAAAUUUAUCGUUAAGGAGAGAUGGAAUGUGCGAACAUUUAUCGUCUUCGACAUCUUCCACGACACCUACGAUCCCGAUACUGCGCAUCUUUCAGGUCAGAAUGACCUGCCAGUCAUUUCAGUCUUCUUGGGCGAGAUAAUCAGCAUGAAUGUGGCAAGCAACUUUGUGGAGAAUGAAGUCAACAGAAAAGUGCAAGAAAUCCACGAUGCGACUGGAAUCGGAAGUCGGCCUCCUUUCAGCGUCGAUCACAUGUAUGGAAACGUGCCUAGUUAUCCCAACCCGCGGACUAUAAUAUCUCCUCCUUGA